GCAGCAGGAGCAGGAGCGGCGGCGGCUUACAGCCUUAACGACAGCAACAGCAACACAUAUGCAUACAUGUAAAGAGGAGCAGCGGCUGGAGGAGCAGCGGCCGUGAUCCAAACCAACUCCAUCUCCACCUGUUUUUAUUUUUUAGAACUUUUUUCUUCCCUGAAUUAUCGGAGAGGAUGUUUGCGUUCCGGCUCAACAAGUCUCUUCUGUUUUUCACACAGUAACUGUGGAUGGCUGCGGAAUGGAGAUAGCCUUGGUGAGUUUUGAGAACGGCGGCGCUAAAGGGAGCGGUGGUGGUGGAGGAGGAGGAGGUGGAGGCAACAAUGCCGAGGAGAGCUGCCGGAACGCGCUGGAUGUCCCUCAGUCGGGCUUCGUUCAAACUGGACUUGGAGAGGACUACAGUAAAGAGCUGAAUACCCGGGGAAGUCCUCAGCAGCAGCAGCACCAUCCUCCUCCUCAUCAUCAUCAGCAGCAGCAGAGCUCCUGGAAAAUCAACGACAUGAACAACACUUUCAGCUGCAGCGAGAACGCCAUGGAUGCGCUUUUACGCGCGGACCACAGUCCCCAUCUGUUCGACGAGGACAUGCUGGACAUGGACAUGGACACAGAGAGCAACGAGAGGGUGCUCAUCAACAUAGCCGGGCUGAGGUACGAGACCCAGCUGGGCACCCUGAACCAGUUCCCUGAUACUUUACUGGGAGACCCCGCCAAGAGGAUAAAAUACUUCGACCCGCUCCGGAACGAGUACUUCUUCGACCGCAACAGACCGAGUUUUGACGGGAUUUUGUAUUUCUAUCAGUCAGGAGGGAAGAUCCGGAGACCUGUCAAUGUGUCGAUCGAUGUGUUCGCGGAUGAGAUUAGGUUUUAUCAGCUGGGGGAGGAGGCCAUGGAGAGGUUCCGUGAGGAUGAGGGGUUUAUAAAAGAGGAGGAAAAGCCGCUGCCUCAGAAUGAGUUUCAGAAGCAGGUCUGGCUCAUAUUUGAGUAUCCGGAGAGCUCCAGUCCGGCUCGGGGCAUCGCCAUCGUGUCUGUGAUUGUCAUCACCAUAUCCAUCAUCACCUUCUGCCUGGAGACGCUGCCAGAGUUCAGGGAUGAGAGGGAGCUGCCGGUCAACAGCCGGCUGGACAACAGCACCGCGCCCCGGCCGUCCCUCACCUUCACCGACCCCUUCUUCAUCAUCGAGACCACAUGCGUCAUCUGGUUCACUUUCGAGCUCUUCGUGCGCUUCUUCGCGUGCCCCAGUAAGUCGGAGUUCUCCAAGACCGUCAUGAACAUCAUCGACAUCAUGUCCAUCAUGCCUUACUUCAUCACAGUGGGCACGGAGCUGGCGGAGCAGCAGGGCCAGGAGCACCAGAACGGGCAGCAGGCCAUGUCUCUGGCCAUCCUGAGGGUCAUCCGCCUGGUCCGGGUCUUCCGGAUCUUCAAGCUCUCCAGACACUCCAAGGGGCUCCAGAUCCUGGGGCAGACUCUUAAAGCCAGCAUGCGGGAGCUCGGCCUCCUCAUCUUCUUCCUCUUCAUCGGAGUCAUCCUCUUCUCCAGCGCCGUGUACUUUGCAGAGGCGGACGAGCCGGAGUCUCACUUCUCCAGCAUCCCGGAUGCCUUCUGGUGGGCCGUGGUCACCAUGACGACCGUCGGCUACGGUGACAUGAGGCCGGUGACGGUCGGAGGGAAGAUCGUGGGCUCUCUGUGCGCCAUCGCCGGCGUGCUCACCAUCGCGCUGCCCGUGCCCGUCAUCGUGUCCAACUUCAACUACUUCUAUCACAGAGAGACGGACCAGGACCAGUCCUCCCUGAAGGACGAGCCCAACAGCGGCAGAGCGAGUCCCGAACUGAAGCGCAAAGGGAGCAAAUCAUCAAACAAGUCUCAGCAGGACGUGGAGAACAACGACGGGGGCGCAUCUGUGGAGAAGGCGAAUAUCAAAGCGAACAGCAGCAUGGACUUCAAGAGAUCCCUUUACGCUUUUUGCUUGGACACGCGGGAGACAGACCUGUAGUCCUGCUGUCCUCACUUUAUUAUAAAAAACUAUUAAAGCCCAUAGUUGUUUAGAGCAAACCCCCAUUAAUGGGCUCUUAAGUCUUUGCACAUAGCAGUUGGAGGAUCAACACAUUGCAAUCCUGAAAAGUUUUAAGAGCGACGGGGUUGAUUUAUAAAAAGCACAUUUUAAUCCCUCUCAUCUGGGGAGCACAUCCAUCAGAGGAAAAACUGUUUUGAACAAACCACAGUGCAUGUGAUGCAACACAGUGGCCCUUUAAAGCAGGAACACCUAAAGAACAUUGAAUGAAACUCAUGGAUCAAUCAAAACAGGACAUGUGCUGCAGAUAAUCACGAGCAGGACUUGGAAUAAUUACUUGACAUCGCAAGAGGAUUAACAGGACCAAGCAGACUCUUGUACAUAAUGUAGGAAGCAGUCCAUGUUCAGUAGUGCAACAACUGAAAAACAAGCCAAAUUUUAUUUUUUCGUACCUUCCCUACAGUUAGUCGUUAUGUUUACGCUGAAAAGUUGCAGCAGAUGUGUACAUAUUUCCCACAAGCCUACUCUUUAUGAAUCAGAUUAUGGUGUUAUCGUAGAUCUGGAGUAAAAACAAGUAUAUUUUUGAGACGCAGACACCUGUUUUUCCUCCGCUCAGGUUCUGUCAGAGAAGUGAGAUACUUUACCCUUUUUUUCUAAAUGAGAGCUGAUUCACUCAGAGGACCUGAAGAGAUUUUUAGCCUUGUUUAUGAUCAUUUCAAACUAAAGAACAUUUUUGAAUUUUUUUUUAAAAAAAGGACAAAAUGUGGAAGUAAACUGAGGGAAUGACAGCUAAGAAAAGAGGACAGAGCAGAGACCAUCUGGGGAGAUCAAGCAACACAGAUACCAGAGAAUUGACGCCCUGCCCUCCAAUCAUCAGGAGAGUCGAUCCGCCCACAGGAACCCCCUCCACCAGGACACACACACAAACUGCUGCUGCUGUGCUUCAAGAAACAGCAUCUGCCGCCCUUUUUUUGGAACUCUGUGCCUUCAACCAAAAUUCACCAGUGAUACUUCUGAAGCUUUUUUUUUUUUUUUGAGCAGGACUCAGUGGAUUUACCUGCCUGAUGUGGGAGGGCCUGGAAUCGUGCUGCUGCUCUCACACUUUUUGUCUCUGGAGUUAAAAAGAAAACCUAUCGAGGACAUGCAGCUUCUGAUCAUUUUAACGUCCUUACGUGUUUUUUUUUGUUUGUUUGUUUUUGGUUUGUUUUUCUACAAAUUGUGUCAGUGAUUUACUUCGUAUCGGAAGAAAUCCCUCGCUGUGCAAUAUCAGUCCAUAUUUAUGUGAAGUUGUCAUGUGGAUGUAGACUUUGGACGAACUUUUUGGUUUAUUUUUGUAACGAUGUUUUCCUGAUUUCUAUUUUUCUAAAACGAUGACGGUGUAAAGACAGAUGAGUGAGGAGGAAAAAAAAAUCAUCUGAACACAUUUCAAGGGAGAGAGGACGUUUGGUUGUUGCUGAAUUUGUCCAAGUUUAGUUUUCCUCGACUGCACCCCCUCCUGCUCUGACUAGAGCCAAAGCCAUAGCCUAACUCAGAUAACAACACACCAGUGUCCCCAACAGCAAGAUGCAUUCAGGGUCUCACAUCGGGGGCCGACACCACAGGCUCCUCUCGUCAGCUCAUCUUAGCUGUUGGAUUUUAUGAGCGAUGUUUUGGUUUCUACUGUUUGUUCAGGGGCUUGAAUCUGAAGUAUUUAGUAUUUCUCUACCUUUGUGUGGCCUGUUCUUCUUGCUGUUAUUUUGUACUUCCUCCUACAUAUCAAUCAAGCAACUAUAAGUGGCAUGAGUAUGUGUGUCAGUGAGAACAAUGAGUGAGUGUGUUCGCCAGAAUGGGAGCUGAAAUACUGUGAAUUCUCAAAUAAAAGCAGAAUAAUGGCCAUAUAUCCUGUGACUGAAAGGCUGGAAAUGAAGGAAAGGGAGAAAGAGUUUAAAAAUUUAGCAGUGGUAAGAAAUGCCAGUUUGAUUAGUUAGUCAGAUGCUGUUAUCUGGUCUCCAGCAGUUUGAUGUUUGGCCCUAAGUCACAUGUUUUCUGCCCCUCUGAAGAUUAAGGAAGAUUUUUCUUUAACAGGAUUAAAGCUGGAAAAGGCAAAAUACCCCCUCCUCCUGCAGCUCUCUACCCUCCGGCACACAGUUCAUUCACUCAACCCCUCCUUGCUCCACUCUCUUUUGAUCAGACCACAAGAGUAUCUUUUUACACUGCCUGUUCAGGGGAUUUAAAAUGCAAAAGAGGAAUAAAGAAGGGAGUUUGUAGCGGCCCUGUAGCGAGAUCUGUUUAAAAGUGCUAAGAAUUAGCUGCUAGCCACUCCGCUCCACUCUGGUCCCUCCGCCUCACUCCCCACCACUGUGGACUGCUUCACUGGGAGGAGAGCAGACAGCAGCUUGGGAGACGGACCUUCGAUGGCCGGCUGUAGUGGGUAGCAUUCAGCCAGUGCUGGGUGUCACAGUGGGCUUGUGGUCAGCGGCAGCACUAGGUCUAAUCCUUGUAAUGGCAGCAACAGAAAGUUUGCUGAUACGGCAGCGAGUGGGGCUGUCCCCGGAGCUGGGGUUUGCAGUGGCUGGAUUCAGGUUACUGCAACCGAUGACUGGGGGUCAGUCACCAGAGCUGCUGCUCACUCUUCUCCCUGCGAGGUGGUCUGUAGUGGCGGGGAGUGAGGUGGAGGACAAACUGUGAUUUGAGGUUCUAGCUAACGUUGGCUACAAAACAACGUUUUGACAGACGGAGCCCUCUGUCUGUACCCUGCAUUCAUUUCAUGGCUAUCUGUGUACGUUUUCUGAAAGCUUACAGAUGAGACAAAACACAGCAACACUGCAGGAAAUCAUGGGGGCAGUGUAGCAUAGCUUCAGUGAGACAACUGUAGGACAGAAGGAAGACAUUUCCAAAAAUUAAUUGGAAUGAAUCGUAAUAGUCAAAAGAAUUCUCCAUCCAUGUGUUGCAAUGUAUUUGAUUCUGAAAGCUCAAAUAUAUUUAGCUUUGGGAAACAAUAGUACUAAUUAAAUCCCAGUUUAAUGGUUUAUUUCUCAAUUUUAACUGUCACAUGAUCAAUUCUGCAGUCUUCCUGCCGUCUUGACAGAUGUCAUGGACUUUCGCAAGUCAAAGAUUUCCUAUCUUUACCAUUUAUCCAAUAUGAUGUUAAUGCAGCAUUAGCCCCGCUAAUAGUUUGUUAGAUUUGUGCCUUGUUAGUGGAUGUCAGGUUGGUAGCAGCUAAGCUACUGAUGGAUCUGUUCUUCUAAUGGUGAGAAAAAGGAUGGAAACACGAGACUUUCGGUAACAAGAUAAUGUGAAGAAAAUGUAGGAACAAAGAUUGAUCUAAAAGUUUAAGUGUCUUGUUAUGAAAAAUACAUUUCUGUAUAUGUUUCACACUGUAAGUCUUAUCAGGGAAAUGAAGAGACUGUGGACCCUGAACAUCUGGAAGGCUUGUAAUGUGAAACAGAGGACAGAGGAAGUUAACAGAUCAGGAACGAGGGAUGCUUCAGAACAAAUAUGAUUGAAUUUACUUUCAAAAACAGACUUUAUUCAGAAUAAUUUCCUCUUUCUACCAGAAACUUGGGCCGCUGUUUGAGAAUUUACAGUAUUUCCUGUUUUAUUGUUUUGAUCCUGUUUUCUGCAGUAGGUGAAAUGUGUUCUGUGUAUCCUUGAAGCUGCUAUCCCUGUACUGUGUAGAUCGGAGAUGUCCAGCCUUAUCCCUGAACUCCUGCAAACAUCCUCCAUUAGUGCUCCAUAUACCUCACACACUAACACACUUUCAUCAAGAACUCAAUUAAACACAUCAGAGCUUCAGUUUGUGCCUUUCAGGGAAUCGUCCUUUUCAUGUUUAAGAAUUGAUUUUCAUCCAAAAAGACUCUUUUGAAAUUGUACAGUAGAUUUAUUUAACAUGUUUUACAGGGUGCAUCUGUAACAAAGAUGUUAACGACUGUAGAGGAGAUACAACAGGCUAUAAAGUAUGUGGAGACGUGAUGGUUGAACAUGUUUUGAUUUUGGGACCUGGCUGCAGAGAUUUCCUGUCAUCAGGAUGCACAUUCAAAAAUUCCCUGCAGGUGCCAGGUAACAAUUAUCUUCAAAAACAAACAAACAAACAAACAAAACCCCACAAUGCCAUCCUGCUCCCAGUUCUUUUAUUCUGUUUUGAAAUGUCAGUGAUUCGAACACACCUGAGGAAGAUCAUUUGUGCUUCAAACCAGUGGUGAACUAACAGCAACGAAGGCCUUCUGCUGUGUUGCCGUGUCUCAACCAAAAAGACUACAGUUGACGGUCAACCAGCACGUACGUUCUGCACCCGCAUGAGAGGAAAUAACUCUACACCAGCAGACGGUGGUCGUCUGUAAUCAUCUUUCAUAAAGGGAAUCUGGAGGACGGUCUUGACGCUAGUUAGUUGGCUAGCAUGUUAACAACACAAUCAACAUUGAAAGAACAGAGCAUGCGUAAGUGUGCCAGUGAAUAAUGUGAACCAUCAGGACACGUUUCUGCUAAAGAGCUCAAUAGAUAAAGCAAAAUUAUUUUAUGCUGUGUUUAAGCCGGGUGCAAAUAAAACAAUUCACAUGACUGAAUUUCAUGAAAGUCAAAAGACGUGAUUAGACGCAAAUUCCUGUUUGGCAGUGCGAUGGACGUGACUCAGAAAUGCAAAUUAAGUAGCGCAAUUUAGAGUCAUGCAUUUUGGCGAGAGUUGCAAGUCAACACAAUAUUCUAGGGCUCAAACUUGCACGACAUAAAGGCCUUUGCACACUGAGUCAGUUUUUUUUUUUUACCUGAAAUUGUUGCACGUAUAAAAAUAACUUCACCUUGUGUCAGUCACGUUUGCACACUGAGUCUGAAACUUUCGUGCAUCCUCAGUGUGCAAAAGCCUUAACGUGACACGACCAUUUGCAUCAUGUUUGGUGUGAACACAUUACUUUGUGUAACAAGUUUGUUUUGGUCUCAGUCCCUCUGGACUUUAGCUGUCCGUUCAUGUUCCUCACUACUGUUUCUCUUAUGUGCUGAGGGCCCAACAGUCGAUCGUCGGCAUGGUGUGUCAUGGUGGAGGCUGUGGGUUGCUUUUUAUUUAAACAUCCAUAUACAUAAAGAUGGAUGACGUGUCUCCACUUCCUCCCAUUGUACAAAAAUGAAGCCAAAAUAUUGCUUGGUUUUGUUUGUUUGUCAGCAGGAUUGUGGGAAAACUGGCCCAAAUUUCAUGAAACUUGGUGUAAGGACGUAGCUACGUCAAAGGAAGGACCUGUUAAAUUAUGUGGCGUAUCUGAAUCAGGGGUCGGAUACAUAAAUUAUUUUUCACUGUCAUUACCAUUAUCGGGCAUUUUGGUCUAGUUAAAGAGUCCAGCUGUUUUACUUCUGUCACCGAACAGAACUUGUAAUACACAAACUCUGAUUUCAUCUGAGGCAUAAACUGAAGCUCCUGGUCCACCAUCAAAUUAAACAUUUUGCAGAAUUUUUGAACAUUUCUUGAAAAGCGACUGUUUCUUUUCUUUUUAAAUGCAUGGUUCUGACUGAACACAGCCCCACAUUCAUAUCCACCCAGGGACGUUGUGUUCUGCCAACAGUAGUGGAGGUAGUUUCCUUCUGUGUGGAGUCCGUAGACUUUGCUGCCUGUGAGUGUGAAUCAUCCGUGAAGCGGACCUUCUGACUGACACCAUUCCCCAAAACAAACGCUGCCAAAUUGGUCUGAAUAAGCCAAAAGUCUGACGUUCUCUGUGUAUAAGUGGUUUAAGUGUAUCACAUGUUAAACCUCAUCCCGUUAAUGUUACAUUGUGUUUUUAACAGAAAAGAAUCCUGUUUGUUAAAUUGUUAAUAAUAUAUGCAGAAGAGUUAUGAAAUAAACUGAAACACUCA